CCGCUCCAGGCCUCCUAUUUUUCCUCACACUUUCCUCUCUCUUGAUUUUUUUUCCCUAUCUGGUAGGGUUCCAACGAUCUCCUUCGCCUACGAUUUAUCUCAUGAAUUCACAUUCUCAGGCUGAAUUCGUCUUGCUGUUGUGCUUGAUCUUCGUUUUCUCUCUUAUUUUUGCUCUCUUUCGAGGCUUUUUGAGUGCGAAUCCGUUUAGAUUCCACCCCCUGUGGGUUUUUGAGCCAUACUCAUGUCGAAGCUCUUCGCCUAUUCCGGCCGUGAAGAUUUUUUCCCUGGAGGGUCAAUAUACCCAAAUCCCAAGAACUCAAGUCUAUUCUUGUCCCUUCCUCACCACGUUGAUGUCUAUUUUCCUCCUCGCAAGAGGUCUCGCAUGUCUUCUUCCUUUGAGUCUGGUGGAGAAGGGGUUGUAUCAAAGGAAAAUGUCUCUAUUGAAAUUCUUCCAGAUGAGUGCCUCUUUGAGAUUUUCAGACGAUUGUCUGGUGAUAAAGAAAGGAGGGCCUGUGCAGGCGUUUCUAAACGAUGGCUUAUGCUUAUGAGCAACAUAUCUUGCCACGAUUUGAUUUCUGAGGAUGAGAUGGCCACAAAGGAGAUUGAAGACAUUGAAAUUGAGAGUGAUGGAUAUCUGUCAAGGAGCUUGGAAGGGAAAAAGGCAACAGAUCUCACACUUGCUGCCAUUUCUGUUGGAACUGCAAGUCGAGGGGGGUUAGGCAAGCUUGUGAUCCGUGGAAAUUAUCUUGUCGGCAAGGUGACCGACCUUGGACUCAGGGCAAUUUCUCAUCGGUGUCAAUCUCUGAGGGUUCUUUCUUUGUGGAAUCUGUCUUCCAUUGGAGAUGAAGGUCUCUGUGAGAUUGCCAAGGUCUCUCACCAGUUGGAGAAACUUGAUCUCUGUCGGUGCCCUGCUAUUUCUGACAAGGCUGUGGUUAAGAUAGCUAUGAGCUGCCCUAAGUUGACUGAUAUUUCAAUAGAAUCUUGUGCCAAAAUUGGAAAUGCAAGUCUGCGAGCUAUUGGGCAGUUCUGCCCCAAGCUCAAGUCCAUUAUGAUUAAAGAUUGCCCACUUGUUGGAGAUGAAGGAAUUGUAAGUUUGUUGUCUCUGAACACUUGUGUCAUGAACAAGGUGAAGCUUCAAGCUUUGAACGUUUCUGAUGUGUCUCUUGCUGUUAUUGGGCACUAUGGCAAGGCAGUUACCGACGCAGUCCUUACCGAUCUUAAAAACGUUAGCGAGAAAGGGUUCUGGGUCAUGGGCAAUGGUCAGGGACUACAAAACUUGAAGUCACUCACAAUUUCCUCCUGCAAUGGAGUGACGGACAUGGGGAUCGAAUCUAUUGGAAAAGGUAGUCCAAAUUUAAAGCACUUGUCUCUAAGAAAGUGUUCUUUCUUAUCUGAUAAAGGCAUGGUCUCUUUUGCAAAAGCUGUAAGGUCGCUUGAGUGCUUGCAAUUAGAGGAGUGCCAUAGGAUUUCUCAACUUGGGUUCUUUGGUAUCCUUUUGAACUACCGUAAAAGUUUGAAAGCUCUUUCUUUAAUAAACUGCUUGGGAAUUAAGGACAUGAACUCAGAAUUGCCCAUCUCGGCCUCUAGUGGAUCCUUGCGGUCGUUGACCAUCCGCAACUGCUAUGGUUUUGGCAACAGAAACCUUGCUUUACUGGGCAAGCUGUGUCCCCAGCUGCAGAAUGUGGAUUUUGGUGGCCUUGUUGGAAUUGACGAAUGUGGGUUUCUAGCUUGGCUCCAAAACUGUCAGUCGAGUUUAGUGAAGAUGGACGUUAGUGGUUGUGUCAACCUGACUGACAAGGUGGUUUCAUCCAUAAUCGAGCGCUAUGGUUGGACGCUCGAAAUGCUUAAUCUCGAUGGCUGUAGUAAGAUCACCGAUGCUAGCUUGACUUCCAUUGCAAACAACUGCCCAUUACUCAGUGAUCUCGAUGUCUCGAAGUGUUCGAUCACCGAUUCAGGGAUUGCAUCUCUAGCCCGUGCCAAGCAACUGAGUCUACAAGUCUUUUCGGUCGCGGGUUGUUCCUCUGUAUCGGAUAAAUGCCUGGCUGACUUGAUCAAAUUGGGCGAGACUCUUGUGGGUCUGAACAUCCAGCACUGUAAUGCAAUCAGUGGCAGCACUGUUGAUCUGCUUGUGGAGAAGCUCUGGAGGUGUGACAUUCUUUCAUAAAUUGAUAACAUACCGACCCGAGUCGACUGCAAACGGGCACCUGGGUUCGCCCUGCCUCUCAACGAUACCACGUCAUAGGUCCAUGCUUUUUCCCAGUUUACUUCUUUGGUUCUUUUAGGAGGAGUCAAGUUUCUGAAAGGGCAGGCUUAUAUUUAAUGUCAUUGUAGUGGUUGCUUUAGUCUGUUCAAAAGCCACGGUGCCUAGUGUUCCAUGGGCUUUGGCCAUCACAGCCCUUUUUGGGUUGUUUUUUUAAUACUUAUUGCCAAGCCUUAGUGUUUGAGGUGCCUCUUCCCCCCCCUCAUGGGAGAACUGCACGUGUAACCUUGCAUGCAAUAAAAGCUUCAGAGCCUGCCCUAUUUGUUGUA